GACGCGCUCCUUGCUCGGAUUGAACGUAUGGAAAGGCGGAUGCAGCUGGUAAAGAAGGAUAACGAGAAAGAAAGGCAUAAGCUGCUUCAGGGCUAUGAAACUGAAGAGAGAGAGGAAGCGGAGCUCUCUGAGAACAUUAAACUGGAGUGCCAGCCAGAGCUGUCUGAGACGCCCCAGACUCUGCCUGCCAAGCCUUUCUCGUGUGGGCGGAGUGGAAAGGGACACAAAAGGAAAUCCCCAUUUGGAAGUACAGAAAGAAAGAUUCCUGUUAAAAAGCUGGCUCCUGAAUUUUCAAAAGUCAAAACAAAAACUCCUAAGCACUCUCCCAUUAAAGAGGAACCCUGUGGUUCCUUAUCUGAAACUGUUUGUAAGCGUGAAUUGAGGAGCCAAGAAACUCCAGAAAAGACCCGGUCUGCAGUGGACACCCCGCCAAGACUCUCCACUCCCCAGAAGGGACCCAGCGCCCACCCCAAGGAGAAAGCCUUCUCAAGUGAGAUAGAAGAUUUGCCGUACCUUUCCACCACAGAAAUGUAUUUGUGUCGUUGGCACCAGCCUCCCCCAUCACCGUUACCAUUACGGGAAUCCUCUCCAAAGAAGGAGGAGACUGUAGCAAGGUGUCUGAUGCCAUCAAGUGUUGCAGGAGAAACUUCAGUCUUGGCUGUUCCUUCUUGGAGGGACCACUCAGUAGAGCCUCUAAGGGACCCAAAUCCUUCAGACCUUUUGGAGAACCUAGAUGACAGUGUGUUUUCAAAGCGGCAUGCAAAACUGGAGCUGGAUGAAAAGAGAAGGAAAAGAUGGGAUAUUCAGAGGAUCAGGGAACAAAGAAUUUUACAGCGACUACAGCUCAGAAUGUAUAAAAAGAAAGGAAUUCAGGAAUCUGAGCCUGAGGUUACCUCAUUUUUCCCUGAGCCAGAUGAUGUUGAAAGUUUGAUGAUUACUCCCUUCUUGCCUGUUGUAGCAUUUGGACGACCAUUACCAAAAUUAACUCCACAGAAUUUUGAGCUGCCCUGGUUGGAUGAGCGUAGCCGAUGCAGGUUGGAGAUCCAGAAGAAGCAAACACCUCACCGGACGUGUAGGAAAUAACUGUGCUGGCAAGAACCUUCUGUCUUCAGAUAGUUGUAGCGUGCCAUUCCCAGAGAGUGGCAGAGACCUGUAUAUGUGACCUGUGUCCUCAUGUAUGUUAUUCACUGAUAAUGCCCUUCCAUACUCCCUUGAUCUUGGUUUUGUUUUCAUCAUUCUGAUUUCACAAAAACUGUUUCAUUGGGCUGUGAGUUAUAGAAGGUGAUUGGGAUAUCUUUUCCUCUUUUGGGGAAAUGAGCUCUCAAUCUAAAUCUCUAGGGUGGCAGAUUUGGAAGCUUGCAGGGUCUGCUUCUAUACAUUUGCCUAUGUUAAUGGGGUAAAAGGGCUCUUUCAUUACACUUGUGGAAAUAAAGCAUCCCCUGCCGUUAGACCUGUGCUGCAUGGCACUCUUCUUGCCCUAGUAUACCCUUCCAUGUAGUUUGAGUAUAGUGGUUUUUACCCUAAAACAAAACAAACAAAAAAAACCCAACACCAUGAGCUUAAGGACCAGAUGAGGAAUUAUUGAAGUGAUGAAGCAAGUCAUCUUCACAGGGUAGAAGUGUUUGGAGAGUUUGUAGAUAAAUAUCUGAAAAGACAGUUCUCUUAAAACUACUCUGUGAUAUAGCCAUGUGGGAAAGGCUGUGAUUUUUUUUUUUUUUUUUGAGUUAAUGGGUAACUGAAUUUUUUCCCCUACCCCUCAAAAAAUAAAAUCUUUGGAAAACAGAAUGGGGAUGGUUACUUUUGGACAAGUUAUGGCUCUAAACAAAAGCAGUUGACAUUUGGGGAUGGCAUGCCAGAACCUGUAUAGACGUCCUUGUGUCACAUCACUUCUCAAGUAUUCCUUUGUUGAGCUUUAUCCUUUUAGCUGAGCUCUUGGUGGUGGGAUAGAAAUUUAGGGAGGGUGGGGGGUGUAUGUGGAAAUAUGUGCUUCCUUUGGCUCGAAAAUGUCUACAUCUUUAAACAAACAGGUGUACCUAAUGAGCUUCUCUAUUCACUUUGUAAAAACUGAUUUGUAUGUGUACCAUCUUGGUCCACCACCACCACCACCACACCCCUUUUGUUAAAAACGUCAGCCCAGCACUCCAGGCCACUUUAGUCUCAGUGUAAGAUCCCUGUAACUAUCUGGAAGGAAAAUAGAGCCAAGACCUCUGGUCUUCAAUAUAUAGGAAUUGCCUUUCUUUAGCCUUCAGGACUACCGUGUGAAAACAAGUAGGGGCCUAAUCUCCUAGAAGAUAGGGACUUUCAUCCUUGAAGAGAGUAAGUCCCCAGAUUAUUAGCACUUUUAGAGGAGAAGCCAAGGUAUGUAGGGUGUGUGGCCGGCCCAUCAGUGGAGCAUGAGAGAAUGGGAUACCAUUGUGGGAAGAAAAGUUAAGUUCCUCAGGGGCCUCCCACUGCUAGAGCUUUUUGUGAGAUGUUGAUCUGUGCUCCCUGGGUUUUAAAAAUAAUUAUUCCGGCAGCACAUGUAGUAUUCUUGGAUGAUCUUGCUGCUCUUAUUUCUCGUGUGUGUGUGUGUGUGUGUGUGUGUGUGUGUGUGUGUGUGUGUGUGUGUCUGGCUGUGGCUUUGGGUUUUCAUUUGUAACUCCCAUCUGCUUAGGAGAGUGGGCUCUCCACAAGGGAACCUGCUAUGAACUUCAUUGCAAGAGUGUAGAGAGAAAUAGGACUUAUUCCACUAGGGGCUCUCGUCUCACACCUUGAGAAGAGGAAGGGGAUUUCCAGAGAAACGGCCAGAUUUUCUUUGUUCUCCAUCAUUUUAACAUGGCAAGUUGUUCGGUUUUCCUACUCUGCUAUGUUUCUUUAUAAUGUGCCCAAGAAGAAAAAAGACCAUUUAGUGUCUUUACUUUGUUCCUCGAUUCCUCACAGUUUCUUCUUGAUUUUCAGCAUUUUUAUUGGAUUCCUAAUUUGGGUAUGAGUUAGCAAAUUAAUCUUUUGUUUGUGCCCUACCCAGAGGACUCCCCAGAUUCUGAACUUGAGCUAGACGAAGAGGAAUCCAUGAGGUGCUAUCUGGCCAGACUUAAGUGGAUUCUAUUUCCUUGGUUCUCCCUCUACCUAGAACCUCUUAUUUUAUUGUCCCCUCUUUUAGAUCAAUUCUCCUUUGAUUUGGAUAUAUUGAGGUUUAUUGAGAAAGAUUUUGGAGAGUAGAUUAGCAAAGUUCCAAGAGUGAAAUUACAGUGUGUUAAGAAUGUGGGGGGAAAAUUCAUCUUAUUUUUCCCCUACAUGGAGUACAACACUGUGAAAUUCAGUCUUCAAUUGAAGGCCCUGCAGUUCUCCUAAAACAUAGAUCUUUGUUUCUUUCUUUAACAAAGUUUAAGCUAGUGUUAAUAAAUUAAAAAGAAAUUGCUUGUCUGUCCACUUCAGCUUUGUUUUAAGCUCAUUUCAUAUUGUUGUCUGUGUUGUAAUUCAUACUUUUGAUACCAUUUCUGAUGUGUAAAAUUGGUUGUCUUGUAAAUAUCUUAUAAAAGAGUUCAAUUGUAAAUAAACUACUGUGGCUGUUAA